AUGUGGUUUGAUGAGCAAGUGUGCGGUCGCAAAAGUGGCGCCUGGCUGGAAUACUCCCCAGGGAGUGGAGAAUGUUCCAUGUUGCAGCUCCCCAGAAGUUUCCGGCUACUGGAGGAGCUGGAGGAAGGGCAGAAAGGAGGAGACGGCUUCGUCAGCUGGGGUCUGGAAACAGAUGAUGAUAUGAUGAUGAGGAAGUGGACUGGAAUGAUCUUAGGGCAUCAGAGGACAGCAUACGAUGGCCGAAUCUAUUCGUUGAAUAUUUACUGCGGAGACAGGUAUCCAGCUGAAGCUCCUUCAAUUCAAUUUGUCACCAAAAUAUCUUUGAAUUGUGUUGACUCAGAGGGUGUUGUAAAUCCCAGGAAACUGGACAUCCUCAAGAACUGGCAACCUAAAUUCACCCUUAAAGACAUCCUGACUAAGAUCCGACAGUCAAUGAAUUCCAAGGACAAUAAUAAAAGCCAACAGCCGCCCGAAGGCAGACCCAGUCAGCUGAUUGAGCCUCCUCCAUCUAAGCUAAAAGAUAAAUCAAGUGGAGCGUCAGAAUCCUUUGGCCUCUUUGAGGACACCAACCUGUGUGCCAUCCACGCCAAGAGGGUUACCAUCAUGCCCAAAGAGUUCAUUUUCUGA